AUGAACAGGACAUUAUUGCGCACAAGGUGUUGCAAUGUGCAGCCGAGGCUACUACCAACUCAUCCAGCAUUAACUCGCGGCUUUGCAGAUGCCAAGCGACCACCCUCAGCUCCAAAGCCCAUCGUCGAUAUCAAGCACAUUCGCCAACAUGCAGAACUUUAUCAGCAGACUUGCGUAGAGCGCAAUUAUCGCAAGCAAGCGCAAAACCCAGCUAAAAUUCUAGAAUUGCACGCAAGAUGGCAGGAUCUUCAGCGACAAGGCCGCGCGCUGCGUGAGCGAUCAAAUCUAUUGAGACGCCAGCUUGCAAACCCGGCUACCAGCAGCGGCGAUGAGGAUCUCAAGGAAGUGCGCCAAUUGACCCGCGAGCAGAUCCAGGAUGAGGCUCGACAGCUUAAGCAAGAUCUCUCUACGAUUGAAAAGGGCGAGUCGCAGUCAGUUACGCAGAUGGAGGAACUUGCGCUGGAGUUGCCUAAUCUCACUCAUCCGGAUACUCCCAAGGGAGGUGAGUUUGAGGUGAUGAGCUAUAUCAACGACCCUCCCAUUUUCAAAGAGUCUCCCGAGGACAAGAUCUGGCGCUCUCACGUUCACAUUGGCUCAGAGCUUGGACUUUUCGAUUUUGCAGGUGCUGCUACUGCCUCCGGAUGGGGCUGGUAUUAUCUUCUUGGUGAAGCCGCUCAACUCGAGCAAGCUUUGAUUCAAUUUGCUCUUUCAACAGCGACCCGGCAUGGCUGGACACAGGUUUCUCCUCCCAGUAUGGUAUACAGCCACAUCGGUGCCGCUUGUGGAUUCCAGCCCCGUGAUGUGAGCGGAGAGCAACAAGUCUACACUAUCGCUCAGUCUGCUGAGGAUGCUGAGCGUGGUGUCCCCGAGAUGUGUCUUACCGGAACCUCUGAAAUCGCCCUUGCAGGAAUGAAGGCCAACACCACCAUCGACCCCGAAGAUCUCCCCCUCAAGCGCGUUGCCGUCUCCCGUUGCUAUCGCGCUGAAGCCGGUGCCCGUGGUGCUGACACCAAGGGUCUGUACCGUGUACAUGAGUUCACCAAGGUCGAGAUGUUCGCUUGGACAGCACCAGACGAAGACGCUUCUCAAGAUAUCUUUGAUGAGAUGCUCGAUAUGCAGACUGAGAUUCUCUCCUCGCUCGGACUUCACUGCCGUAUCCUCUCCAUGCCAUCCCACGACCUCGGCGCCUCAGCAACUCGCAAAAUCGACAUGGAAGCCUUCUUCCCUAGCCGUCGUGACAAUUGGGGCGAGGUCACAUCAGCCAGCAUGUGCACCGAUUAUCAAACUCGCCGUCUCGGCACAAGAACUCGCGUUGAUGGAAAGCUCGCCUUCCCCUGGACUGCCAACGGAACUGCCCUGGCUGUUCCCCGUGUGAUAGCAGCUCUAUUAGAGAAUGGAUGGGAUGAGGAGGCAAAGACUGUCGCUGUGCCAGAGUGCCUCCGACCAUGGAUGGAUGGCAAGGAUAAAAUUGGUCUUGGUGGACGUCGCUCCAGCGUGGAUCGCGUGUAA